CUUUCCCUUCGGCUCACUAAGAGGAGAAAGGCCCCGGCUCACUCUUCCUUCCCCUCUACUCCUGCUGUUACUUCUGCUGUUACUCCUACGUUGCCGCCUCUGGUGUCGCUGCCGCUGCUCAAAAUGCGCGCCCUGCUGCUACUGGCGUGGCCGCUGCUGGCGUGGUCGUUGCCGUUACCAGACAAGCCUCACCCCCAAGUAGAGUUUGGCGGGUUCCAGCCUGUGCACCCGGGGCGAGGAGCGGGGCCUUCCUCAGGGUUUCACGGUCCCUCCACGCCGCCUCUCCAGCCCCAUCCAAACCCAGACUACAGCCCUCCCUCGCCGCAACACAGUGUGCCCACUAAGACCAUCUACGUGAACUUGCCGCCGCAAGGGGCCCCGCCCCCACUUCCCCCGGUGGCCGCCGGACCUCCACGCAAGCACUUUAAGAUUGUGCUCAUUCGCGCCCCGGCACCUCCGCCACAGGUGCAAACCAUAUUGCCGCCACGCACGGAGCACAAGACGAAGAUCUAUGUGCUGCAUCAGCGGCCUCAGGAUGAGCCGCCGCAGGUGGUGGAGGUGCCGCACGUGCCGCACGACCCCCAGGUGUAUUUCGUGGAAUACGACACGCCGCCCACCGCCCAUGACCUGCAGCAGCUCAGCUCCGGUAACCUGAACGGCUUCACUGUGACGCCCCAACAUCCCGAUAGCGGCGAGUACGGUCCCCCUUCCUCGGUUCAUGGCCUAAGGGGCGACCUCGGAGUAGGAGCUGGACUGCAGGUGGCAGGCGAUGGUCUCUACCAGAGUAACAUCUUCAAGCGGCAGGUGGAAGAGGAGGCGGCGGAGGCGGCAGAGGACGGUGAAGAGGCGCAGCCCUUGCACACCUGAGCCUGCCGUGCAGGCUCUCCCGGCCGGCUUCCGUCGUCCUAAGUUAACUUAUUAUUUCCCGUCCCAGCCUCCCGCCGGGCCUGCGCCUCAGCCGCCCUUCACUCACCAUGCCCCCACCGCUGGACGCAGGGGCGGGGCUGAGGCUGUCCUGGACGGAGUGGCUCUCCCCUGUGAGUCUGAUGCCCCUUCCCCGUCCUACCAUUACACUAGCCAGCCGCCUAUACGCCCCGCCCCGGGAGGGCCGCAGGCGGCGCCACAUUCCUCUUUCUUACCUCCUGUCUUUGUAAUAAAAUUAAAAUAUUC